AUGGCUAAGCCUGGGGUCCAGCUGCAUUUUGUGGAGAGAGGGUCUGGCCCUGUCGUGUGUCUCCUUCACGGCUUCCCUGAAAGCUGGUAUUCCUGGAAGUGUCAGAUCCCUGUUCUAGCAGAAGCAGGCUACCGGGUUAUUGCUCUGGAUUUGAAAGGUUAUGGAGAUUCUUCUGCUCCCUAUGAAAUAGAAGAAUAUUCCCAGGAAGUCAUGUGUAAGGAGUUGAUUACUUUCCUGGAUAAACUGGACAUUUCCCAAGCAAUAUUUAUUGGCCAUGACUGGGGUGGUUCCCUGGUAUGGAACAUGGCUGUCUUCUAUCCAGAGAGAGUAAGGGCAGUGGCCAGUUUGAAUACACCCUUCUUUCCACCAGAUCCAGCUGUGCCCAUUCUAGAGAAGUUAAAAAAGAACCCAGUCUUCAGUUACCAGAUCUACUUCCAAAAACCAGUAAGUUUCAGGACUACUCAUUUGCUUUCCUCCCUCUAUCUUCUCCUUUUCUUCCACCCCAAUCCCUAUCAAGAUGUUUCAUAUGUUUUCAUUUUGCUAUUAUUUUCUGGUUUUGUGAGUUAA